AUGAAACUCCCCCUACUUCUGGCUCUUCUAUUUGGGGCAGUUUCUGCUCUUCAUCUGAGCGGCGUUGAGCCCUCUGGUGCCCAGAGCAAGGAGCUAAAACUACCCAACUUUGAGAGCACCUUGGAAGCCAAGACCCUGCCCCAGGAUGGGGAGAUGCCAGAACAGGGGGCCGAGGAGGCCCCUCCUGGGGAGACAGCGCUGUUGGAGACAGAGGAGGAGGCGAGCUGUGGCAGGGAAGAUUCCCUGGAAGACGAGGGGGCUGUGGAGUCGGCCUCAGCCCUGGAUGCGGUGGACAAGGACCUUCAGCGUCCUAAGGAAGAGGAUGCAAUAAAACUCGUGGGCAGCCCUGGGUGCAAGACCUGCCGCUUCCUCGUGGCGAUGGCUGUCAGGAAUUUUAAUCAUGCUCAGAAUAUCUGCAGGAAAUGCUACAGAGGCAACCUCGUCUCCAUCCACAGCCACAGCCUCAACAGUCACAUUCUGCAUUUCACUAGAAGUCUCAAUCAGGCCCAGGUCUGGAUUGGAGGCUUCCUCAGGGGCUGGAGGCUGUGUAAGCGGUAUCGCUGGACUGAUGGGAGCCACUGGAAUUUUGCAUACUGGGCCCCAGGGCAGCCCAGGAGAGGGGGAGGCCACUGUGUAGCCCUGUGUACCAAAGGGGGUGGCUGGCGACGAGCGCGAUGCUGCCGGCGCCUGCCCUUCGUCUGCUCCGCCUGA